AUGAAACGUAACCGCGACUUCAGCUCGUCCGACAGCGAGCUGGACGAAGCCGUCGAGGUGGAGAAGGACAGCGGCGACGAGAGAGAGGUCGGUUCACCCCGUCCUCUCGCUCUCGGAUCGCCCGAUACUUCCACCCAGGUUCAGGCGAGGAAACGGCGGAGAGGAAUUAUUGAGAAACGGCGUCGCGACAGGAUCAACAACAGCUUGAGCGAACUUCGUCGGCUGGUACCCAGUGCCUUUGAGAAGCAGGGUUCGGCCAAGUUGGAAAAAGCUGAAAUUUUGCAGAUGACAGUGGACCACCUCAAGAUGCUCCAUGCUGCUGGCAGCAAAGGCUUUUUUGACGCGCACGCACUGGCCAUGGAUUACCGGGGUCUGGGUUUCCGUGAGUGUCUGGCGGAGACAGCCCGCUACCUGGGAUCCAUGGACAACGCCGACCCCCUGCGGAUCCGGCUGCUGUCACACCUGAACAACUACGCCGGCCGGCGCGAGGCCCACCCGGGUUUGGGCCACCUAGGGGCCUGGGGCUCCGCUUUCGGCUCGCCAGUCGCCCAUCUCCGCCCGCUCUCGGCUAACGACGUCGGCCCCUCGUCGGCUUCGUCGUCACCCGAGAGGCGGAGUGCCGUCGCCCCUCGCUCGGAACUCUCGCCCGCCGAUAUACGAGCCCCCGUCCCGCACCCCGCUUUGACGUCCCCGACGACGACCAAACACCUCCUUUCGGCGUUCCCUUUCCCGUUCGGAGCUUUUCCGCUGAUCGCCCCCACCGUGGGCCCCCCGAGCCAGACGGCGCCCACUGUUGGCAAACCUUACAGACCUUGGGGGAUGAUGGAGAUUGGUGCUUUUUGA